UUGGGCGUUUUGCAGUCCAAGAUGGAAGCGCCGGACGCGGUUCCCUCGAUGGCGGAGACGUGGCUGCGUACUCGGGAUGUCCUCCAGGAAGGGCCUGAAGAUUUUGGGUCGCUGCUUCUUUCAGCCCCAGUUCUGGAAGGGCUGAAAGCGGCGGGGUUCUUAAGGCCUUCUCCGGUGCAGCUCAAAGCUAUUCCGCUAGGCCGUUGCGGUUUAGACCUUAUUGUGCAAGCAAAAUCAGGCACAGGUAAAACCUGUGUGUUUUCUACUAUUGCACUUGACUCCCUUAUCUUGGAAAAUUCAGUGACUCAGAUUCUAGUCUUGGCUCCUACCCGAGAGAUUGCUGUGCAGAUACAUGCAGUAAUUACAACUAUUGGGAUCAAAAUGGAAGGUUUGGAAUGUCAUGUCUUCAUUGGAGGAACUCCUUUAAAUCAAGAUAAAAUGAGACUUAAAAAGUGUCAUAUUGCUGUAGGCUCUCCUGGUCGCAUUAAACAACUUAUAGAGCUGGACUAUUUGAAUACAUCCAGCAUUCGUCUUUUCAUUCUUGAUGAAGCAGACAAGCUUUUAGAAGAAGGCAGCUUCCAGGAACAAGUCAAUUGGAUUUAUUCUUCUCUACCAGCCAAUAAGCAGAUGUUGGCAGUUUCAGCCACCUAUCCUGAAUCCUUAGCUAAUACUUUGGCUAAAUACAUGAGAGAACCCACGUUUGUGAAGCUGAAUCCUACUGACCCAAGUCUCAUUGGAUUGAAGCAGUACUAUAAAGUUGUGAAUUCUUACCCAUUACCUCAUAAAAUCUUUGAGGAGAAGGCUGAGCAUUUACAUGAGCUUUUCAGGAAAAUACCGUUCAACCAGGCCUUGGUUUUCUCAAAUCUACAUAGCCGAGCUCAACACUUGGCAGAUAUAUUGUCAUCCAAAGGUUUUCCUGCUGAGUGUAUUUCAGGCAGUAUGAAUCAGAACCAACGACUUGAUGCCAUGGCUAAGCUGAAGCAGUUUCAUUGCAGAGUGUUAAUUUCGACAGAUUUGACUUCCCGUGGAAUUGAUGCUGAGAAGGUGAAUCUGGUUGUUAACUUAGAUGUCCCUUUGGAUUGGGAAACAUAUAUGCAUCGGAUUGGUAGAGCUGGACGCUUUGGAACUCUAGGAUUAGCUGUGACAUACUGCUGUCGUGGAGAGGAAGAAAAUACGAUGAUGAAAAUUGCACAAAAAUGUAAUCUUCAGCUUCUUUCUUUACCAGAAACUUUGCCACCAGAGCUGCUGGAACAUUUUGAAGGAGGGCAUGUAGAAGUCACUGCUGUCCCAUAUCCCAAUGCAUCUCCUCAUACAUGUCUGUUGCCAGUUAAAAGGCCAGAAGGGAUUAGGCAACACCCAACAAUAAGUGCUAGUGCAGAGGUCAUUGUUUGUGACAAUUCUCCAGUAGCCAAGCCAAAACAAGGUUUCAAACAAAAGAAGCUUCUUGAAAAUAGAACAGAAGAGCAUCCUAAAACAACAAUGAAUAGAAAUAAACAUGAAAAUAUCCCACUGAAAAAACACCAAGUGGAACCUGAUUGUGAAUCUGCAGUGCACAAUAAUGAACAGGUGGACAAAGAAAGUUUAAAGAACAUGCUUCCUAAAAUCCCUUGCCUGUCGUCUUUUAAGAACCAGGAUUCUGUCUGCGUAUGGAGCAUGGUGGAAUUUAUUGAGGAUUAUGAAUAUUUCAUUAAGGAAGGAUUGGAGAGAGAUGUAGAGAUUAUAAGAACUUACGUAAAUCCCAGAAACCAAGAUAAACAGUUAGAUUCUUUAGAUUUAGUAGGAAUGGAAUCCAGUAAGUAUGUGGCAGCAACAACUGGGACAUUGGCUGGGGAAUGUGAUAGUGAUAGUAGGUCUUGUAGUUCUGAAUCAUCCAUCUGUAGCCAAGAGAAUCAAUCCUCUUCUAUGCAGCAAAGAGAUAAUAGUAUACUGUCAACAGAUGAGAUACAUCCUCAGCAAUUCAGUCCUGCCCUUAAGCAAAAGCAAUUUCAGGACACCUUUCUGAUUCCAAAGAAGAUGAAAGGGAAUGUGAAACAGAGUAAACAGAUCAAGCGUGACCAUUAUCACUCCAAUCACCCCUUCAAGACUGAAUUUAUAGAAGAGGCAUCCCAAAGCAAAAAUGCUCCUUUUCCUCACAAUGAGAAUUCAAGUCCUGAAGAAUACUGGAGACGAUAUUACCGGGCAUGGCGGAAGCAUUAUAUUGAAGCUUCUCGUUUAUACUACCAAAGAUAUCAGAGGCCAUUAAACAUGCUGACUGCUUAUCAUGCCAAUGCAGUCUACCUGGAAGAGCUGUUGAAGAAAGAUAGGUAAUAUUAAUAGUAGCAUGUCUCUCUUCAUACUUAAAUGAUAUUUUAUGUUUAGGUAUCUUAAGUGACUUGUACUCUAUGUAAUUUUCAUUUGAUUUUGUAUACAUUUCAAGUCAAAUCAUUUUGCUAAUAAACUUGACAAGAAAUAAUGUCAUUUUGUAUACAUUUUGUACACAUUUCAAUCAAAUCAUUUUGCUAAUAAACUUGACAAGAAAUAAUGUCAUUUUGUUAGUA